GCACAACACAAACAAAAAAAACACAAUAACAAAAAUGGAGUUGUCCACUCUUGCCAUUGCCCUCCUCUCCAUCGCCCUAACUUACUACUUCCUCAUCUCCCCGAAACGCCGCAGCGGAGGCAAGCUCCCCCCGGGCCCCCGCCCCCUCCCGGUGGUGGGAAACAUCUUCCAGCUCGGCACGAAGCCUCACCAGUCCCUGGCCCAGCUGGCCAAGACCCACGGCCCCCUCAUGUCCCUCCACUUCGGCAGCGUCUACACCGUCAUCGUCACCUCCCCGGAGAUGGCGCGUGAGAUCUUCGUGAAGCACGACACCGACUUCCUCAACCGCACCGUGGUCGAGGCCGUCCACGCCCACGACCACGACUCCAUCUCCAUGGCCUUCAUGGACGUCGGCUCCGAGUGGCGCGCCCUCCGCCGCAUCUGCAAGGAACAAAUCUUCUCCGUCAAGAGCCUCGAGACCAGCCAGGUCCUCCGCCAGGAGAAGCUGCAGCAGCUCCGCAGCUACGUGCAGCGGUGCAGCGAGGGAGGGAGGGUGGUGGACAUCCGUGAGGCCUCGUUUGUCACCACGCUCAACCUCAUGUCCGCCACGCUCUUCUCCAUCCAGGCCACCGAGUUCGACUCCACCGCCACCGAGGAGUUCCGCGAAAUCAUGGAGGGAGUCGCCAGCAUCGUUGGCGAUCCCAACUUCGCCGACUAUUUCCCCAUUCUCAAGCGGUUUGACCCGCAGGGAGUCAAGCGGAAGGCGGAGCUCUACUUCGGGAAGAUGCUCGUGCUCGUGGAGGACUUGCUCAAGAAGCGGCAGGAGGAGCGCCGCCGUGACCCGGCGUAUGUGAAGAAGAAUGAUUUGUUGGAGAAGUUGGUUGAUGUUUUGAAUGAGGAAAGUGAAUACAAGUUGACCACCAAACACAUCACUCAUUUGCUAUUGGACUUGUUUGUUGGAGGAUCGGAGACGACAACGACCUCGGUAGAGUGGAUCAUGUCGGAGCUUCUCAUCAACCCGGAGAAACUCGAGAAGUUGAAAGAGGAGCUUCGGAGAGUGGUGGGGGAGAAGAAUCAAGUCCAGGAAUCGGACAUACCACGUCUCCCAUAUUUUGAGGCCGUGAUGAAGGAAGUCUUCCGUCUCCACCCGCCCGGCCCUCUCUUGCUUCCACGCAAGGCGGAGCGGGAUGUGCAAGUCGGGGGCUACACCAUCCCUAAAGACACACAGAUACUGGUCAACGCGUGGGCUAUUGGGAGAGACCCGAGUAUUUGGCCGAACCCCGAGGCUUUCGAGCCCGAGAGAUUCCUAUCCAUGAAAAUGGACUAUAAAGGGCAGGAUUUUGAACUCAUCCCGUUCGGAUCCGGGAAAAGAAUUUGCCCUGGUUUGUCGUUCGCGAACCGGAUGCUCCCGAUGAUGGUGGCAACAUUGAUUCACAACUUCAAUUGGAAACUUGAGGUUGAGGCCAAUGCACAAGAUGUGCACAAAGGAGAGAUGUUUGGCAUUGCAGUGCGCAGGGCAGUUCCACUCAAGGCUUAUCCCCAUAGCCAUUGAGGAGUACUUAUUUAUAUCAUCUAUUUACUUCUUCUUUUUUUUGUAAUAAAUUUGGCUUGCUUGUUUGAAGAAUAUGGCUUCUAAUAUUGUUAUGUUAUGUAACUUCACAUCGCAUUAUCUAUUGAGUUCAAAUGAAAUUUUCGUUCC